UCCACUGAAUUACUCCAAGAUUACCUUGCCAAAUCAGCUGUCUUUCAGUGCGGGAGUGAUAGAUACCGCUCGUGUUGCCGCCGCUCAUCCGUCUGGUGUGUGUUCCACAGAGACCUGCGCACUGAAGCCGAGCCGGGUGGAAAUUAAUGAACCCGACUGCUCAUCUCCGACACCGGUGAGGCCUCCCCCAGAGAUCAGUAACGGCGAGGAACGCGAACACCGGUCGAGCCGCGAAUGGACCACCGGACCCUACUGACCGGAAUUAAGUUAAGACUGUAGCCCGGGGUCGUUACCGAUUCAGCGCGCCGGGACCGGACGUCCGAUUCUCAUGUAAAUCGGGGCGUCGCGCAAUUAUUUUUCCCACUUGUCGGCGGCGGCCGGGGGCAGGUCUCGCGGUGCGGUGGCAUCCCCUCCCCGCGGCGGGCGCGUCAGUGCGUCCUCCUCGGUGCUCCCGUGGGAUCUGGCCCGAGUAACCAGUGCCUAGCUGGCCGCGCGGCCGGUCAGUGAUGCGCGCGUCGCCGCCUAUGGAUGGACCACUGGAUAGCGUGCCAGUUCCUCGGCGGCGGGCAGGCCCAGCCGCAAGCGCAUCGCCAGCCGCCUCCGCAGCAGCAGCAGCCGCCGCAGCACCACCACCCGCUGCAGCUGACGCCGCUGGCCGGACACGCGCACCGCCUCCUCCAGCCCCCGGGGGCGGCGCGACAACACGUGUCUGCGAUGCUGCCGCCGCCGCUGCCGCCGCAGUUUCCCUGGCACGUGACCCAGCCGCCGCCCUGGCACUUCGUAUACCAGGACUCGGACUCCAAGAAGUGCGAGAAGAAGGAGAUUCCGGGUCCUCCCUUGCAAACAGCUAGCAUGAGUGUGAGGGCGCUGAUUGAAGAGAAGAUAAUUCAGAAGAGAAUAGUGCAGCCACCUAAUAACGCAACGCAGCAGCAGCAGCAGCAGCAACAACAGCAACAGCAGCAGCAGCAACAACAGAAUCAACAACAGCAACAACAACAACAACUGCAGCAACAACAAGAUUUCUACCCCCUCGGUGGCAACUGCAACUACCUGGCGUACGACGCCACAUCCGCCGGCGCCGACGACGCCGGAUACUUCUCACCUUCGCUGCAGGACGACAUGUUCCAGCACGUCUCCGUCAACGACACCAUGCUGUUGCAAGGUGUCGACACGGCGCAUCUGGCGGACACUAUACAGUUCCAGGCAGCAUCUCUGCUCCAAGAGCAGACAACAGCAGAGCAGUUGCAGGACAUUGCAUCCCUUGAGGACUACCAGGCAGCCGUCCAAAACCCUGCACAUUUCCAUCAGCAAAGUCAGCACUCUGUCCAUUCAGCUGAUCUACAGGCUGUUCUCAAUUCUCCUCUGCCUGUGAGCCUUGCUGACUUUGGUGCUUACAGUCAGCAGGCGAUAGUGACAUCAUGCUCCCCAUUGCCGAAGGAUCUUUCAUACCACGGUAGCACAGGAUCAGCGUCAGCAGCACAGUCACCUCUGCAUCAUCCUCAUAGUGGUGGCGGCGGCAAUGGAACCGGGCCAGCUGGUACUGGGUGUGGCUCAUCCCAGUAUGCUAGCUCUCCUCUAGCAGCAGCAGGUGCAGGCACUGUGCAUUCACCACUACCAUCUCCUCUCACGCAGCAUGAUUCCCCGAGCUUCACAUAUCCGACUCCACCUGCCAGCCAGGAGGGGCAAUCGCCAUCUUUCGGCCACAGUCACGGGUCGCUGGUAACGAGCUCAUUGCCACUCUCUUCACCUCACCAACAACAGACAUCUGACUUUGUACAGUCAGUCAUUGCACAUGGAGGUCACGUUCCUCGGGUUUCGUCACCACUUUCGGCAGCUUUCUACACAUCUACUAUGUCGAGCUCAGCUGCUGUUGAAGCUGCUCUUUCAGAAGUAUUGCCUGGUGAAAGUGUGCAACAAGGAGCUUGCCUAACAAGUGGUACUUCAUUGCGCACAUCUUCCCUCGGGCUGUAUCAGUCUCUCGUUAACCCAUCACCUCCGCCACAAUCUCCUCUGUCAGCGACUACACCUGUUCCGUCCCCACUUUCUCUUUCCAGUGUGCCCGCAUCAUCAUCAUCAGUAUCAUCUCCACUGCCUCCUUCCGCAUACACUCCCACCCAAAAUACACAGAUAUCUUUCCCCUUAUCACCUCAUCAUACCCUUCAGUCGCAGAUGAUGCCAAACUCUGAAGAUCCACUUCUCUCCAGCAGCCCAAAAGACUUUGGGAGUAGAAAGAGGUUUGAAUUUGUCAGUGGUGGUCUGCAUCAUUCAGCCAAACUUGUCAGCAAUGGUACUUCAGAUUUUACCACGGGGAAUCCUUCCAAUGGACAAGUGACAGGAAUUGUGGUGGACAGUAACGGUGAACUUAGAUUUGUACAAACUUCAGGUGGUCAGUAUCACAGCCAAACAAAGUGUGGGACAAUAACUGGAAGUGGUGCUGUAGUUAAUACAAACAUGACUGUGAUGGGUAAUGGUGGAACAACUACAGUGUACAGGAAGACAGAGUUGGAAGUGAAUAAAGUGCGAGUGCCAACAAAGUGUGCUAGUGUCUCGAACAUGGGUCAUCAAAAUCACUAUCAAGCGCGUACCAAUGCUCAAAGAUCUAGACUGCAUGUUGCACUUGAUGCUGUUAAGGAAGAAGUAGACGAUGAUGUUUUUCUUAGCCCCACUAGUGUUCCAGCAAGUCCAGUUCGUAUGGUUCGUAAACGGAUGCGACCAGAAGCACUUGUGCAAAAUAGUCCACCGAUUCAUAUGCCAUUGUCAACUUACCAAUCGCGGCUGAGGGCACCACGGGUGUCGCAGUGUGGGAAUUCACCAUCAUCGGCUCCUUCGUCUCUGCCAUACACUCCUGCACCCAUGCUCAGCCCAACACGACCUGGCCAGGGUCUGUACUGGCAGAUUACUGCAGCAUCUGCAUGGCCUUCUUCAACAACACUUGGUAGUACUAAAAGUGGCAGUGGUGGAGACUCGCAGAGCUCAGAGGAAAGUCAGCAGGGACUGCCAGCAGUCAGUAGUGACAAUGCCCCAGAAUCUGAUGUCACUCCCCAUAUUAACAUUGGUUCACAGUUCCAAUGCACUAUUCCUUCAUGGAAUCCUGACAGGGAAAAAGCAAGCAGUGAACCUUCCCAUGAACAUUUGUUAUGGGAUCCUGGAAUCAGUUCAGUCUGUACUGAUGCAGAAGUUGAAAUGUACCUUGAAUUUGCCUGCUGUGCUGCAGUGCCAGGUGGUGGUCGUAAUAAGGAGUAUGCACUUCAUUUGCUUCAUAUGUGUAAUGGAAAUAUCCAUGAGGCAAUGCUGAAACUAAUGCAGCCAACACCAGCCUUACCUUCUGGACACCCACUUCUUGCAUACGAUUACAAUGAAAGUGACCGAUGGAGUGCAGAAGAACUUGAUAUGUUCCAUCAAGGACUGAUUAAGUAUGACAAGGACUUCAGAAGCAUAGCAAAUGAGAUUGGCUCAAAAUCUUUAAAACAGUGUAUCCAGUUUUACUAUUUGUGGAAGAAGGUGUGCCCUGAAGAGUACAAACGGAUGCGCCUAGCAAGGCGUAGACAAAAUUCGGAUUACAAUGGACGAGUUGAUAUGGAGUUUGAAGAUAUUAGGGCGGAAGACUCGCGGAACAGUAUUCCUGCCAAUGAUGUAGAGUUAGUAUCAACAAGUUCUGAAAGUCGGCUAUUUGUCUGUGAAUAUCCUGAUUGUUCAGCUAGCUUCAACUCUCGUGCAGCACUGAAUGGCCACAUUAGAAUACACGGCGGUGGAGUCUGUGGACGUUCUCCUACACCAGACAAACGACCAUCUGCCAGCACCCCUCCUACACUUGCAGAUAUACUUGAGGAAUUUCCCUGCAAGAUUUGUGGGAAAGUUUUCAAUAAAGUCAAAAGUCGUAGUGCUCACAUGAAGUCUCAUCGUCCUCCGGAUGCUGAGCCGAAGAAGCCUAAGCUAGAUACUAACAAGAUGGAAGCUGCUGAACAUCUUUUAGUUCGGUCACUGGGAGUAACUACAUCAAUUGCUCUUGGGAGACACACCUGAGCCGUAACUGUUAUGCAGUACAAUCAUGAGGUGUCAAACAGAAGAAAUAAUAGUUCACCCACAAGUAAUUUUCAACAAUUGUAUAUGGAUUGAACAGUAUCAUCAUGUAACAAAUGUUAAAAUUCUUGUAUAUAUAUCUUUCAGAUACUUUUAUACAGCUGAAUGAAUACACUCUCUUGCAAACACACACACACACACACACACACACACACACAUUUCUAAAUAAAUUAUGUUUCAUGCUUUACAGGUUUUCCAGAUCCAUUGUUUAAAUCCUUCCCACUAACUGUAAAUAAACUAUGUUAUUUGUAAAGAGUCUUAUCUUGUUUUUAAAAUGGAUAGUCAGAUUUUCUGCAGCUGGCAAAGUAAUAAUUACCACACAAGCUUAAGGUAAAUACUUAAUUACUUUGUGGGUGAGCUAAUCUACAGUAAUAUUUUGCAUAAUAUGAACUGGAGCAAUAGUGAAUGGUUUAUCUUCUGUAAAUAUUAUUUAUUAUUGUGCUUAAUAUUGAUAUAUUGUUGAAAAGAUAAAUGUAAAAUUGAUGUUUUAUUGGAUUUCAUGGUACACAUCAGGGUUAUAUUCAUGCAACUAGCAUUAAGUAACAUAUCAACAAAAAAGCAAUUGAAGUGACAUUCCUAGAAGUGUACUUAGGAAAUAAUGUAUUGUGCCAUUUUGGGAUUGGCAGUGCUGUGAAGUGUCCACUUCUGAAACAAAACUCGAAAGUGAGUGGUCAAAUACAUAGUUCUGUUUUCCUAAACAAACCAGUAUAGAGCAAGGGAGAAGGCUCCAAGUGGAACAUCGUAUAGUGAGUGGAAUUACAUAACAUAAAAUGUGCUCAAUGAUCGAUAAUCUUUUUGUCUUUCUUCUUCAUUGUCUGCUUUGUUUCCAUUAGAAUUUUGUAUGCCAAAAUAAGACAAAUAAUGUACAAUGUGUCUUGCCUUGUCACUGUGUUCUCAUGUUUUUGGCAUUUAUUUCUAAGUUCUCUGUAUUCAGUGUGUGAAGACCAAUACUCAUGCAUUACAUAAAGUAUAGUAGCAAAAAAAAAAAAAAAAAAAGAAAGAAAGAAAGAAAGAAAA